UUGGCCUUAGUAGAGUGUUGUAAAAGAGUGUGAUAAAACGGGGUGAAAGCAAAGCUUACAAUUCAGCUGAGACAAGUUUAAUAAGAUAAACAGAGGCACCUGCGAACGUUUAUGGACGUCUGACCCAUAGCAGAACUCGCACUGACUCAGAGUACAGACUCUUCAUUGGGGAUUAAGGUCACUCAGCUCAUUUUAAGAUGGUCAAUGUCCUGAAGGGAGUUCUUGUUGAAUGCGACCCUGCUAUGAAGCAGUUCCUCCUGUAUUUGGACGAGACGUCGGCACUGGGCAAGAAAUUCAUCAUUCAGGACUUAGAUGAUACGCAUGUCUUCAUUCUGGCCGAGGUGGUUCAGAUUCUGCAGGAGAGAGUCGGAGAGCUGAUGGACCAGAACUCUUUCCCCAUCACACAGAAGUGAAUUUAAAACAACAACAAAAAAGAAACCCUUCUUUCUCUGAAUUUUGACAACUACAAUUUGGAUGUUUGUUUCCUGAAGUGUCAGAUGUUUCGAAUAAGAAAAGUUUAUUAAAAUGUUUUCCAUUGUU